AUGGCUUCUUGCUCAACCCCAAAUCCUUCGAGCGGUACUGCCAGACUGCUGGCCGAGAUCUUUCCCUGGCAAGAAAUCCACAACGCUAUCGACUCUUCUAAUUUCACCCUUACCCUCCCAGCCGCCUCAGCAACCUGGUACACCACCACGUUCAACCUCCCCUCCGACCUCCUCUCCUUCCUCAAGAUCAUCGACCAUCAACCACACCGCGAAGCCAUCCUAACCGCAACCACCUGCUUCGGUAGCCGCCAAUUUACGGGCACCGCGUUCCUGACAAAACACCUUGACACCCUCCGCAACACCACCACCGGCCCCGCCCCGACAAAACAAACCCUCGCCUUCCUCGAGAUGAUGCGCCACGCCCAGUCCUCCCGCCUCCGCCUCGCCCCGCUGGCAGACAACAUCACACGGCAAGCCGCCUUCGUCGACAAGAUGCACCGCCACCUGUGGAUCCGCGCGCCCUCGCUCGAGGGCACCGUGCGGCGCGCCGUCGAGAAAUACGACUCCUUCCUCCGGCUGUUUGCGCUGUACCCGGGCGAGAUGCUCGUGCCGACGCUGGAUAUCGACCUCGUCUGGCACACGCACCAGUUGAGUGCGGGACGACAUUAG